AGCGGUGGGGUAGGAGCCGCGGGUGCCGGGGCUCCCGCUACCUGGUGGUGCUGCAGGGCGCGGCGGCCGCGUCUCCCCGCGGGGUGUCCUCUCCAGCGCUGCCUCCUCCCCGGUGGCGAGUACAGCCCCGCCGGGCCGCCCGCGCUUGCUUCUCUCCGCACUUGCUUCUCUCCGCACCGCGCUUCCUUCUUUGGGGGUCGCCUAAGCUUGCAAAAUGGCUGACGGCCGGGACGACGCCUCGGAUCAGCUGAAGCAGUGGCGGAGCCAGCGGGGCUCGCAGAAACCAGAUGUCUUGACCACCGGUGCUGGCAACCCAGUAGGGGAUAAGCUUAAUGUUCUGACAGUAGGGCCACGUGGACCUCUUCUUGUUCAAGAUGUUGUUUUCACUGAUGAGAUGGCUCAUUUUGACAGAGAGAGGAUUCCUGAAAGAGUUGUGCAUGCAAAAGGGGCAGGAGCCUUUGGCUAUUUUGAAGUCACUCAUGAUAUUACCCAGUACUGUAAGGCAAAAGUGUUUGAACACAUUGGAAAGAGAACUCCGAUUGCUAUACGGUUCUCCACUGUUGCUGGAGAAUCUGGGUCAGCUGAUACAGUUCGUGACCCUCGAGGCUUUGCAAUGAAGUUCUAUACAGAAGAGGGUAAUUGGGAUCUUGUGGGAAAUAAUACUCCUAUCUUCUUCAUUCGGGAUGCAAUGUUGUUUCCAUCCUUUAUCCAUAGCCAAAAGAGGAACCCUCAGACUCAUUUGAAGGAUCCAGACAUGAUGUGGGACUUCUGGAGUCUUCGCCCCGAGUCUUUGCAUCAAGUGUCUUUCUUGUUCAGUGAUCGUGGUAUUCCAGAUGGUUAUCGCCAUAUGAAUGGAUAUGGAUCGCAUACUUUUAAACUGGUUAAUGCUGGUGGAAGAGCAGUUUAUUGCAAAUUCCAUGUGAAGACUGACCAGGGCAUCAAAAACCUUCCUGUUGAAGAAGCUGCAAGACUGGCUUCUACUGAUCCAGACUAUGGACUACGUGAUCUUUACAAUGCCAUUGCCAGGGGGGACUACCCGUCAUGGUCUUUCUACAUUCAAGUCAUGACAUUUGAAGAAGCAGAGAAGUUUCCAUUUAAUCCUUUUGAUAUAACUAAGGUUUGGCCACAUGGUGACUACCCUCUCAUCCCUGUGGGAAAGCUUGUCUUGAACAGGAAUCCUGUCAAUUACUUUGCAGAGGUAGAACAGAUGGCGUAUGAUCCCAGCAAUAUGCCACCUGGUAUCGAGCCUAGCCCUGACAAAAUGCUGCAGGGUCGUCUUUUUUCGUAUCCUGACACUCAUAGACACCGUCUGGGACCGAACUAUCUACAAAUUCCUGUGAACUGCCCCUUCCGAACUCGUGUGUCCAAUUACCAGAGGGAUGGACCGAUGUGUGUUUCUGACAACCAAGGUGGUGCCCCCAACUAUUAUCCAAAUAGUUUUACUGGUCCGGAAGAUCAGCCUUUGGUAAGAGAGAGCCGCAUGUCCGUUUCGGGAGAUGUGCAGCGCUUCAAUAGUGCAAAUGAAGAUAAUGUGACUCAGGUGCGAGAAUUCUAUACCAAAGUGCUGAAGGAGGACGAACGCCAAAGGCUGUGUAAAAAUAUUGCUGAUCACCUUAAAGAUGCGCAACUCUUCAUCCAGAAGAGAGCUGUGAAAAACUUCACCGAUGUUCAUCCUGACUAUGGUGCCCGUAUCCAGGCUUUGCUGGACAAAUACAACGCUGACAGUGGGAAAAACGAUGUAAUUAGGACAUAUACACAGUCCACAUCUCGUGUGUCUGCCAAAGAAAGAUCCAACUUGUAAAGCGUGCUGCAGAGAUUUACUCUGUGAAUCUUCCGUCCUUAGAACUGCAGGGCAACCUGUUGAAGAUGUUUAUGAAUGUAGCAGACUUCCGCACAAAUACAUAAGUGUUUUACAGGCUUGAUUUGUUGAGCUUUCAAGUGCCUGUAUCUGCAUUGGAAACUAAGUAACACAAGCUAACAAUCCUAGUGCCUUUCAACACUAGUUCUUCACGGCCUGUUAACAACAGAGGGUGUUUUUAAGGAAAUUAAUGAUUAAAUUGUCUUCAUUUCUAGAAGCAAACAUAAAUUUAGUCAAAAUACUUUUUAAUUUUUUUUAAUUGUAAAACUUUCCUCAAAAAUUUCCUUAAUUUCCUUAAAAUUUCCUUUAAAAUUUCACACAAUAGAACUUCUAUAAUGACACUGUGAUUAUCCCUAUGGAUAAGCUUGCUCAUGUUAAAAAGUUGAUGUUGCUUAGUAUUUUUAAUUAACAUAGCUAUCUCUGUAUUUCUAGAUACUUUCUUUGGAAUUCAUUUUUUGGCUUUCCAGAAGUAAAAUGAUACACAAUAUGUAGAUUAUGUCUCAUUCCUCAUGUUCGAAAUGAAGCUAACUAGAAAGUUUAAUCUCAAUAUAUACAAAUUUUAUUCCCAAUAUAUAUUUUAAGAUAAUAUUUGCUUACUAAUGCUAGGUUGGAUAUAGCUGAUUUAAGAAAAUUUCCUGUCUCCAUUAUUACAUACACUUUACAACUAAAUCAAUUAUAUCUUACAGAUCUUUGCGGGGGGUGGGGGUGAAUUGUUCUUUCUAAUCUGUAAGAAUUUAAAUAGAAAAGUACUAAUUUUCCAAGUGACUGAGAAAUUAACCUCUAAAUGAAUGAAUAUUUUUAUCUUGGCCGAAUUCAAGCUCAAGCACUUCCAAAUUAUUCCCAAUGGUUCUUGAAACUGUGUUAUUUGACUGCUAUAAUCUGAUCUUGCUGUCUAUUGAUCAAGCCAGAGCUGGUUUUCAGAGUUAGACUUGAACUGAAGUGGCAUGUUUGUAUGAGUGUGGGUGUCUAUAGCUAGAUGUAUGUAUCUAACCUGGUUUUAGGCAUGUUUAAUGUUGCCUAGUAUUUGCAAUUUAGUUAAUCGGUGCAAAAGAUUUUGGAGCCCUCUGGAUUGAAAAGUGUUCCCAGGUAUUGUUCCUUAAGUCCAAAGGAGUUUCUCUGGCUUAGUAAGAUUUCUUUUUUUGUCUUCAGUCUUGGAGUACAAUCUUUAAUCAGGUCUUACUAAUUUGCACAUAAUAAAAGUGUUUAUAUUUGAGAACUUGGAGCAACAGUUAGAUGAUAAUCAUGGAAUUUCUGGACUUACCUUGGUUGAGGUGAGUAGCAGUCACCUAAGGCAGCACAUUGCCAGCGUGUGGGUGCUUUACUACACGAGCACACAACAAAACCAAGACUAUUGUUUUUAUAAGGGCCAAAAUCCCACCUAGUGUUUUUUCUUACAUAGUUAUUUGGAAAGUGUUACCCAGUUAUGGGCUAAUUAGUGUCAAGGCUGGAGUUCUGAAUAAAAAUCUCUGGUUGUACCUGUUGCAUGUGGAAGUUAGUCCUGACAGACCGAAAGUUUCCAACGUGUGCUCGGUAGGAUCAGGCAAUUCCCCACGCAUCCAAGGUCCUGGCAAGUUUUUGGAACUACUCUGCCUGUUACUUCUUCCCCUUCCCUUGCCAAAGAGAAAGAUCAGUGUAUAUGUGUAUUUAGUGAAGAUCCUAGUUGCACAGCAUUAAACCCCCCCUUGAAAUAUUUGCUUUCCUUGUUUGCCUGCUGAUGAGGCAGAAUCAGCACUUGAAUGAUGAUGCAAAGGAUUUCAGAGCCCAGCUACUAGCUCUUAAGCAAAUGUUAUACAAAUUUCAAAUCAUAACAGGGCUUUUUUCUCCCCCAAUAUUGCUGCAUUUAUGGGUCUGUCUUGAAUUGUAUUUUGGAGUACUUCCUGGUUUGGCAUUGAAAUGUGAACUGGCGUUCCAAGAAGUAAUGGCAGAUAGAUAAAGAAGAGUACAUACUAAGUGCUGUUCCAUUAAACUAUAAAAAAAGCUACUACUUCUCCAACUCAUCUACUAAACUAUUGUGAAAACUUAGCGUGAUAGAGACGCAGUAAACUAAUAUGAACUGAUAACCUACUCUCUUGUGGGAUUCAGUUUGAUUUUUAGCUGAUCAGGCAGGUGGGAGCUGGAAGAGCUACAUGAAUGGGUGGGAAUAGUUCUUGUUAGAACAGAGAAUCCUAGGGCAUUUUGGAAAAGAAUAAGCAAGGCUUAAUCUUCAAUUUUGGUUGUGUCUAAGUGAAUUAAUUGUCUUCCUCUUUUAUUUCUGAAAUAAAACUGAAUUUAAAAAUC